AAUGAAAGCAACAGUUCAAGCUAUGAGUGAGAUCAGAUGGUGAGAGGAGGGAAUGAACGGGCGUCUUUGACAGAUCGCACUUAUUUUGGAUCAUAAUUCCUGCAAUUAAGAGCUUUUAUAUAUGGUCUGGAUUGAGCUUCACUGCAUCCAUGCAUAAGUGUUUUCUCGACCACCUCCAGAGUCAUUGGCUCUAUGUUUGCUGAACGCAUAGGUUAUGGAACAACAAGCCAGUGAUGAUGAGCCACCAGUAGUUCGUAGAGAGGAAAACAACAAGAGGAGGAGAAGGAAGAUGAAAGCAUUCACAUCCAACUCAGCUGUACCCAUGGAUCACAUAGCUGUUGAGUUUGUACUGCCCACCACCAACAAAUCAAGCAAGAGCCCUGACACAUUGCAAUUAGAAGUCAUUGGGAACUGGACGGUAGAGCAAGUGAAGGUUCAGCUCUGGCAAAGAGCAGUUACCACAAAGCUAUGCCCUGAAUUUUACCAGAAAUACUCACCAGACCAUUGUAUUCUCCUCUAUCAGAAAAAAGGCAGCUGGUAUGAGAUCUAUGAUAAGCACCAGGUGUUCCAAACCCUUGACUGUAUUCGCUACUGGAAAGCAUUGAGAAAAGACAUGGGGAAAAUUCAUUUGGUUAAUAGGCCUCAAGCAUCUGAUGAAUCUCUUCAGUACCAAAGGUUUCUGAACCACCUCAUUGAAUAUGAUGUUACAGAUGUAAGCAACGUCCAUGACGACGAACUAGAGUUCACACGCAGAAAGCUACUCACCCCUCGUAAAAUCGAACUGUCUGACAGAGAUCCGAAACUUUAUUCAAUGGAUCCCUGUAUAACCACAAAGCCUGUCCCUGAAUACAUGCUGAGCAAAAUAAGUAACAACCAUAUUCUGGUGGUUAUACACAAGGAGACAACAAGCCAGACCAUUAAGGUAUCUAUAGAUGAUACACCUGUGCAGGUUCUUCAAAGCUUCUUUGCCAAGAUUGCAAAUAAGAGAGCACUUUUAGGCAUAUCAGAGAACGUCAGCGAAUCUGAUUUUGUCUUGAGGGUUUGCGGAAGAGAGGAAUACCUAUAUGGCAACUACGCUAUCAAAGACUUCCACUGGAUCAGACAGUGUCUUAAAAACGGCGAAGAGAUCCAUUUGGUGUUAGAGCCUCCGCCAAACCCAGAACAAGACGUAGUCCAAAAAGAAGACUGGUCGCAGGUUGAUGACUGCACUGGUGUAUCUGGCACUCAUGAACAAUUGACCAUCACUGAAAAAGACCACGAGAAGGUGUUCACCAUCUCACUAUGGGACUGCAAUCGAAAAUUCAGGGUGAAGAUUUUGGGGAUUGACAUACCAGUCCUUCCACGCAAUUCAGAGUUGAUUGUGUUUGUUGAGGCCAGUAUUUAUCAUGGUCAGCAGUUACUGGCCCAAGAGAGGACAACCUCGAAACCCUUCACAGAUGAGGUGCUUUGGAACACCUGGCUGGAGUUCAAUAUAAAGAUCAAGGACAUACCCAAAGGAGCACGACUUAGUCUACAGGUGUCUUGUGGAAAAGCCCAGACUCAAACUUGCAAGGAAAAUGAAUGCAAAAGCAAGAGCCGCUUGCUCUACUAUGUCAACCUGUUACUGGUGGACCACAGGUCUCUACUUAGACAAGGGGAGUUCAUCUUGCAUAUGUGGAAGAUGCCAGAGAAAAGUGAAGACAACAGCAGUGUUAAUGCAGACAAGCUUACAUCUGCCACUAACCCAGACAAGACCACUUCAAUGGCUGUCGCGAUUCUUCUAGACAAGUAUUGCUACCCUGUGGCUCUCCCUAAGAGCAAGGAUUCUCAAGACUCCGACAUGGAAGGGGAGAGAGGGAAGAGAGAGAUGCCAAAUCACUUGCGGAAACAGUUUGAGCAGAUUAUUGCUACUGACCCUCUGCAUCCGCUCAGUGCAGAAGAUAAAGAGCUGCUUUGGCACUUCAGGCAGGAGUGUAUGCGGGAUCCCAAAGCAUAUCCCAAGUUUCUUUCUUCUGUAAAAUGGGGCAAACAAGAGGCUGUGACGAUAACACAUCAUCUACUGGAGCAGAGUACCAUAUGGGACCGAAGCUCGCUUGAUGUGGGUCUGGCUUUACAGUUACUGGACUGCCACUUUUCUGAUGAAAAUGUCCGCACUAUGGCAGUCAGAAAGUUAGAGACUCUAGGAGAUGAUGAUGUUCUACGGUAUCUCCUGCAGCUUGUUCAGGCUGUGAAAUUUGAACCGUACCAUGACAGUGCACUUGCCAGGUUCCUUCUCAAACGUGCUCUUAGAAGCAAGCGUAUUGGCCACUUCCUGUUCUGGUUCUUGCGUAGUGAAAUUGCUCAAUCCAUGCAUUACCAGCAACGGUAUGCUGUAAUCCUGGAAGCUUACCUCCGUGGCUGUGGUGAAGCUAUGCUGCAGGACUUCAGGAAGCAGGUGGAGAUAACAGAGGCCUUGCAAAGAGUCACCCGUGAGAUUAAGCUUGUGUCUGCUGAAAAGUAUGACGUGUCCGCACAAGUUAUUUUUCAGCUGCGUCAGAAACUCGAAGGUCUGCAAAUGUCCGGGUUGCCAGAGAGCUUCAGAGUACCUUAUGACCCAGGCCUAAGGGCUGGGGCACUGGUAAUUGAGCAAUGCAAAGUAAUGGCAUCCAAGAAGAAACCCUUGUGGCUGCAGUUUAAGCGAGCUGACCCUACCACCCUGUCGAGUGACACUAUUGGGAUAAUCUUUAAAGAUGGGGAUGACCUUCGUCAGGACAUGCUGAUAUUACAGAUUUUGCUAAUAAUGGAGUCUAUCUGGGAGCUGGAAUGCUUGGAUCUGUCUUUGUUACCAUAUGGCUGUAUUUCCACAGGAAAUAAAAUUGGGAUGAUUGAAAUAGUGAAGGAUGCCACGACUAUCGCUAACAUUCAGCAAAGUACUGUUGGGAACACUGGUGCUUUUAAAGACGAAAUCCUCAGCCAAUGGCUUUGUGAAAAGUGUGUGAAUGAGGACAAGCAUCAGCAGGCUGUAGAUCGGUUUGUGUUCUCAUGUGGAGGGUACUGUGUGGCAACCUAUGUCCUGGGCAUUGGUGAUCGUCACAACGACAACAUAAUGAUCACAGAAACGGGGAACCUGUUCCACAUUGAUUUUGGACAUAUACUUGGAAACUAUAAGAGUUUCCUGGGGAUAAGCAAGGAACGGGUGCCCUUUGUCUUAACUCCUGAUUUCCUUUAUGUGAUGGGCACGAUUGGGAAAAAAAGUAGCCCUAAUUUCCUUAAAUUUCAGAAUGUUUGCCUGAAGGCCUACCUGGCUCUGAGACACCAGACCAACCUGCUCAUCAUCUUGUUCUCUAUGAUGCUCAUGACGGGUAUGCCACAGCUGACCAGCAAGGAGGACAUUGAGUACAUACGGGAAGCGCUUACAGUCGGACGCUCUGAGGACGAAGCCAAACAACAUUUCUUGGACCAAAUCGAGAUCUGUCGAGACAAAGGUUGGACGGUGCAGUUCAACUGGUUCCUACACUUGGUGCUAGGCAUUAAACAAGGUGUAGAGAAACGUUCAGCUUGAGCGUGCCAUCAAUCCUGCCUAGAGUACAUAUCAUUUUAGAUGAAGAAUUCAACCGAAAAGGUUUUUAAGGACCUAAAUUAUGUUUACUCUCUUUUGUUUAGGCUUUUAAGUUGCAUUUUUGAUAUAAUCUUGGGUAUUUGCACUGUAACAAAGUCUGGUUUGUCCAAGAGACUGGAUCGCUCACAGGCCCAUAAGUCUGAUCACUGGAGAAGAGCUGGUAUGCUGUUGGUAUAAGUUUGAGGAUCCACUCAGUUGCUUAAGAGGCGAAAUUUGCUAAUAAUUUGUGACAUCUUCUGACUAUGACAUUUGAGAACAGCUGUGUCUCAAUAAUUUUGUUUUCAUGGUAAAAAAAUUAAAAGGUGGUGGUGGGAAAAUAUAAAUUAUAAUAAUGGUUAAUAAUAUUUCUUAAUUUGAUAUAUUACCAGCUUUAGUUGGAACCACCUACAUAUGCAAACAUGAAAUUAUUUCUAUAAAUAUUUAAUGGUUUUAUAUUAAAAUUGCUUU